UUUAUGUUUGCGUACAAGUGUUGUUUGGGAAUACCACCUGGUGUACCUGCCAUGGUGUGACUAGUCUGGAUACACUGGCGUGCACCUUCAACCCUCAGUUUACACACUCCUGGAGCAAGCUGGAGGGUGGAACUCCAUACAGACGGGCAGUUUGGCAACUUGAAAGGAUUGUAGGUGGAAUGUUUACCUGAGCAAGUUGAAGCAUCACCAGAAUUCUAAUGUUUUCCUCUUUGUUGAGAAUUCUUCAUUACACGUAAUUCCCACGAACAUCCAGUUCAACAAGAUGCCGGACGGUCCCAGAAAGACGACGUACCAUGUACAGUCAACAUGCGCUUGAUAAGAUGGAGGCGAUCUUUGAAAAGAAUCCCUACCCAGAUCUUGACAUCAGAGAGAAUCUUUCACAAGAGCUCGAGGUCCCCGAGUCGAAAAUACAGGUGUGGUUUCAGAAUCGUCGUACUCGGCGAGGACGUACCAAGACCCGACGUGGACCCUGUAGCACCAAACAGACAGUCAGUAAACCGUCAUACUCUCAUCCCAUACAGCCUCUCCCCUACUGCAACCCCCUAUCAUGGUUCCAGGCUCCGUCACCCUCGCUGCCAUAUCUUCUACCCCGUUGUUCCCCAACAGCUGACCACUUGAUCACGUCUCACUCCGGAGCCCAACACUUGAAAUCACAGCAACAAGACCAUCUGAGAGAACUGUUGAUUGGAGAGUUGAGGGCCUACGAGGUCAAAGCUUCCAGCUCCACGGUAUCUGAUGGUGAUUCCAACUUAACAUCAGAUAUUUGCUGACCUCACAAGUGAAGUAUCAUUAAAGUGCUAUCCGUUGCCGAGAGAACUACGUAUGGGUUAGUGCUACAAACAAUGAAAACCCAGUCAAUGGUCAGGCGUUGAUGGUGCUACUCCUGGGACAAAUGCCUAUAUUCGAACCGCCUUCUUGAAUUCUGUAAUAAAGAGUCUCCAUUCCA